GGGUUACGUGCUGACGUUAUUUCUAUAUGAGCGCGAGCGGCGGGAGCUUGGGUCUUUUUACCGCCAGUCGCGCGGCACCUCCUCCUCGCUCCUGAGUCACUGCGAGCCCCGGUCCGGCGCAGGCUUUCUGAGGUCUGAGAACAUGGCAGACAUUGACAACAAAGAACAGGCUGAACUUGACCAACAGGAUAUGGAAGAUGUUGAAGAAGUGGAAGAAGAAGAAACUGGCGAGGAUGCCAACAGUAAAGCUCGGCAGCUGACUGUGCAGAUGAUGCAAAAUCCUCAGAUUCUUGCAGCCCUUCAGGAAAGACUUGAUGGUCUGGUAGGAACAUCUACAGGAUAUAUAGAAAGCUUGCCUAAGGUAGUUAAGAGACGGGUGAAUGCGCUCAAGAACCUUCAAGUUAAGUGUGCACAGAUAGAAGCAAAGUUCUACGAGGAAGUUCAUGAGCUGGAAAGAAAGUAUGCUGCUCUCUAUCAACCUUUGUUUGAUAAGCGAAGUGAAAUCAUCAAUGCAAUUUAUGAACCUACAGAGGAAGAAUGUGAAUGGAAAGCAGAUGCUGAAGAAGAAAUUUCAGAGGAAAUGAAAGAGAAGGCCAAGCUUGAAGAGGAAAAAAAAGAUGAAGAAAAAGAAGACCCUAAAGGAAUUCCUGAGUUUUGGCUGACCGUAUUUAAGAAUGUUGACUUGCUUAGUGAUAUGGUUCAGGAACAUGAUGAACCUAUCCUGAAACACUUAAAAGAUAUUAAAGUGAAGUUCUCAGAAGCCGGUCAGCCUAUGAGUUUCACGUUAGAAUUUCACUUUGAAUCAAAUGACUUCUUCACAAAUGAAGUGUUGACAAAAUCAUACAGAAUGAGAUCAGAGCCAGAUGAUUCUGAUCCCUUCUCCUUUGAUGGACCAGAAAUUAUGGGUUGUACAGGGUGCCAAAUAGACUGGAAAAAAGGAAAAAAUGUUACUUUGAAAACAAUCAAAAAGAAGCAGAAACACAAGGGACGUGGGACAGUUAGAACAGUGACAAAAACUGUCUCCAACGAUUCUUUCUUCAAUUUCUUUAGUCCUCCUGAAGUUCCUGAAAGUGGAGACCUGGAUGAUGAUGCUGAAGCAAUCCUUGCUGCAGAUUUUGAAAUCGGCCACUUUUUACGUGAGCGUAUAGUUCCACGAUCAGUAUUGUACUUUACAGGGGAAGCUAUUGAAGAUGAUGAUGAUGAUUAUGAUGAAGAAGGUGAGGAGGCAGAUGAUGAGGAAGGGGAGGAAGAAGCAGAUGAAGAAAAUGAUCCAGAUUAUGACCCGAAGAUACAUGAUGACCUGUGCAGUGAGCCUGUAUGUUUGGGCUGCCUGUGCUCACGGGGUCAAGGAAAGUCCUUGGCUAAGACUCCUGGAGUAUAUGGGCACCUCUUCCAUUUCUGUGCCAGAAGGAUCAGAACCCAGCAGAAUGCAAGCAGCAGUGAAGCAGUGUGUAUGUGGCCUUGAGGAUUACCUGCACUGUAAUAGCCUAAACACAACUAUUAGUUACUUACAGCCUUAUGUUUUGUAUCUUCUUGGUAGAAUUAAGUAAACAAUUUGUUAAAAUGAAAUAAAACACAUAAGUACCAGUUUAAAAUGUAGGUUCAUUCUACCUAGCAUUUUAAUAGUAUAAUUUUCUGCCAAUAUGUAGAAUGCAGUAAAUCCCCUAAAGCAUGAAUGUUAAUUCAUUGCUACAUAGUUUGGUUCUUGUGAAGUCUUUCGUCAUGUAGCUAUUAGACUGCAGCUGUGAAGAUUAUCAGAACUGUUAACUGAGACCAAUAUUUGUUUAGAGAAAAUCCUCUCCUGAAGAACCAACCAAAGUAUUUUCAGCCCAGUAGUUUGAAUGGGUUUGUCUGCUUGCACUAGCUGUGCCUUCAUUUCCUUGUUAGAGAAAUGGCAGUGACUUGCACUAACUAGGAGAUGAUGCAUUUCUGGAUUUGACUACUUCAGACGACUAGUAUAAUUCAUUUAACUUCCAACAAGACCACAUUAAAUGUUCAUAACUGUCUGCUUGUUUAUGCUAUGGGUUUUGUAUUUUAUGUGACAGUGAUCUACAAAAGAAACCCAGUAAUCAUAUUAAGGUUAUUGUUUACCACUGGGGUGUGAAUAAAACCUAGUAUUUUCAGAA